GAAACCUGGCGGGGGAGGGCGCCUUCCUACAGGUGGCGUCGCUGCCCGAGGGCAAGUCGCUAGGCGAGAUGUCAGCCUCCUUCCUCACGAAGAGCGUCUUCUCGACCGAGGGCCGCUUCGGCGCGUACGGCGCCCCCACUGACAUCAAAGUGCUCUCCAAAUCGGAGGCGGGCGCCAUGCGGCUGCUCGAAAUCAGCUUCGCGGCGCUCAGCCCAGGAGGGAACGAGGUCCCUCGCCGCGCGCUCGUCGCCGCGGUGCAGCCCGAGGGGUCGACGGACGUUGUGAUGCUCGUCGGCGGGAGCACGACUAGCGAGUGGAAACGGGCGGAGCCGCUGCUGCGGAGCCAGGCGUCGAGCUUCAAGAUCGCGCGGGUGCGUCCAACCAGCAUCAAGCGCAAGGCCAAGAACGACUAUCGCUUCGAGAACCAGGGCGGGCUCAACGAGAGGGGGUCCGACUCGGUGUCCAACCUGGUCGACGGCUUUUGACAGGAGGAUUUGUGUGAGCUCUGGCAGAGACCCCGCAGGCGGUGCACACAAGAGCCCCAGGAUUACCUCCCUGGACCCUGCACCCGGACGUGAGAUUUCUUUUUGAGGUACGAGUACACAACGAGUCCCGCGACCCGCGCGGUCAAACCUGGGGGGGACUAGCGCACAUAGCCGCUCUUGGGACCUACGGCUUUAAUACCUCUUUACGA